UGACUAUCCUCGUUGAGAAGCCUAUGCUUGCAGUACUGGAGCCCAAAGCUGUGUCAAACAAAGAAGAUUCCCAGAAAGAAAUGGUAGCAGAGAAUGGAUUCUUCGCACCAGAAAUCAAUUCAUUCGGAAACUCAUUCAGGGACUAUAAUGCAGAAAGCACAAGGCAAAGCACGGUCGAGGAAUUCUACAGGCUGCAGCACAUUAACCAAACAUAUGAUUUUGUGAAGAGGAAGAGAGAAGAGUAUACUAAGCUGAAUAGAAUGGAAAUGGGGAUAUGGGAAUGUUGUGAGCUCCUCAACGAGGUGGUGGAUGACAGUGAUCCUGACUUGGAUGAACCACAAAUUAUGCACUUGUUACAAACGGCCGAAGCAAUUAGAAAAGAUUAUCCGGAUGAAGAUUGGCUGCAUCUCACUGCCUUAAUUCAUGACCUUGGAAAAGUUCUUCUCCUUCCUCAAUUUGGAGGGCUUCCUCAAUGGGCUGUUGUGGGGGAUACAUUCCCUCUUGGAUGUGCUUUUGACGAUUCAAUUGUCCACAACAAGUAUUUCAAGGAAAACCCAGAUUACAACAAUCCAGCUUACAAUACCAAAUACGGAAUUUACUCUCAAGGGUGUGGACUGGACAAUGUAAUGAUAUCAUGGGGGCAUGAUGACUACAUGUACUUGGUGGCUAAACAGAAUGGGACAACUCUACCUCCAGCCGCAUUGUUCAUUAUUCGAUUCCACUCAUUUUACCCUUUACAUACGGCGGGAGCGUAUAAUCACCUACUCAACGUUGAGGAUGCCAAGAGUCUAAACUGGCUUCAUGUAUUCAACAAAUAUGACCUCUACAGUAAGAGCAAAGAUAAGAUUGAUAUUGAGAAAGUAAAGCCAUAUUACAUGUCCCUCAUUGAAAAGUAUUUCCCGGCAAAACUCAAGUGGUGAACUUGGAGAUUUUCAGCUGCAUGCUGGAUUCUGGAAAUGGCAAGCUGGUG